AUGACCUUUAAUUUUUGUGGUCUUAUAUUCUACGAGGCAUUUCCUAAACGGGUUAUACUUAAAGGAUCGUUAUCACAUACUCCAUUUUUAUGUAUCAGAGUCGUAACCAAGGGCAUAUAUCCGACGCUAGUAUUGGAGAACAUAAAAAAGAAUCUAGACACUUGUACAAACAUCGGGUUGCGAAACUUCAUCAUCGAAGUAGUUACUGACAAAGCUGUAAAUCCACCGCACCAUGAGAAAUUAAGAGAAAUUGUGGUACCGUCAGAAUACGAAACUAAAAACGGUACUUUGUACAAGGCUCGGGCCCUACAUUACUGCUGGGAAGAGGGAAUUAACAAAUUGGAUGAUUCCGACUGGGUUGUUCACUUGGACGAAGAGACGUUAUUAACUGAAGAUGCAGUGCGAGGAAUAUUAAAUUUUGCGAUGAAUGAUAAUCAUACCUGUGGCCAAGGAUUAAUAACGUAUGCCAAUGGAGAAAUUGUUAAUUGGUUAACAACAUUUGCGGACACCUACCGCGUAGCAGCAGACAUGGGAAUGUACCGAUUCCAGUUUAAAGCAUUUCACAAAUCGUACCAUGGAUGGAAAGGCUCUUACAUGGUUUUGAAGGCAAGCACCGAGAAACAUGUUUCGUUUGACAACGGACUUGAGGGAUCAAUUAUUGAGGACGGCUACUUCGCCAUAAAAGCAUCAAGCAAAGGCUAUUCGUUUGACUUCAUAGAAGGCGAGAUGUGGGAAAUGAGCCCAUUUACUGUGUUGGAUUUCAUGAAACAAAGAAAACGAUGGCUGCAAGGUACCUUAGUACCUGGACAAGAUUAUUUUAGAUUUAGAUAG